AUGGUAGUUCACAAGGUUCAGAACAGUAACUUUGAGGAUACAAUAGAAACUAGAGAACAGGGAAAGACCAUUGAAAACUUAAAACCACUUGUUAAGCAACCUAUUGAAAGAUGUCCUGAUGAAAUCCGAGUACAACAAACUCGUUCAAUCAGAGACUUAGUAGAAAUAGCAUCAGAAAAGUUCCGUAAAGAUGGAUUCAAGAGUAUACGAGUAAGAGCAAGUGGAAGAGCAAUUCCAAAUGCAAUAGCUGUCUGUGAAAUUGUUAAAAGGAGGAUUCCAAACUUACAUCAACAGACAGAUAUAUCUUUGCAAAGUAUUCCACAUGAAUUGAUUCAGAAGACUGGUGACUCCCUAGAUGAUGUUACAACCAAGAUCAUCAAUAGAUCUGUGGCAUGUAUUGAAAUAACACUAAGCACCUUCGCACUUGAUAAAGAAAAUCCUGGGUAUCAACAACCUAUUGACCAAUCGUUUGUUAAAGAAGCUGUUUUAGAUGCAGUUCAAAGUACUAGCUUAAACAAGAAGGUUUCAUCAAGGUAUGCAAGACGCCGAUAUAGCAAGAAUAUUGUAGAUAGGAUAGAGCAGAGCAUUGUUUGA